CAACAGCUGAGCGUGACACAGCAUACCGUUGGAGUUUGAUUUAUCUCUCUUUAAAAGGAAUCCUUAUAUUUUAUGAUUUUUUUUCUUUUCUGUAAUAUUAAAUUGUAUUGUGGUGUCUUGAGCGACCGAUUGGCAAUUGAAAUUGCCAUUUGCCAGUUACAUCGCGUAAUGUUGUUGGAUACAUUACCAAACUUCACAGGAUGCUUUAUUUGCAAAUCAUACUCCAUUAUUAGUUUUUAUUAUUAUUUUUUUGGUUGAAGACAUUUUAAGACAGUUGUAGCUUCAUUUUCCUUGUCAUUUUCUCCUUUGCAUCUCUCUUCUUUUUAAUGAUCACCACCCAUAAAAGUAUCCGCACAAAUAAGCCCCUCAACUCUAACUCUAAAAACUUCGUACUCUUUCUCUGAAAAUAUGUCUGCUUUUGAGGGACGGCCAUUGGUUGAGGCUGUGGAACACAACGUAGAAGAUUUCAAUGAUCACCAAGAGGCUACUGGAUGUGGGUAUGGAUGCUUUCGUGUAUUAGGGUUGAGAUGGGGUCAAGGCAAUGAUGAAGGUAAAGGUCUACUGGAGCAAAGGGAAGAUUCUUGGUGGGGUUGCAAGUUGAGGAAGAUAAAGGAGGUUUCAGAAGUGAUUGCAGGUCCUAAGUGGAAGACAUUCAUUAGAAAGAUUAGCGUGUAUGGCAAGAAGCAGCAGAAGGUUAGGUUCCAAUAUGAUGAACACAGCUAUGCCCUCAAUUUCAGUAGCGGGGCUCAGAGUGAAGAUGGUGACUUACCGCACAGUUUCUCAGCUAGGUUUAGUGCUCCGUUUCCUUCUGGACGUCGGCAGAAUGAACUCUGAUUCUUGCAUAUAUUGUUUAUUAGGUUUUAUUGCUUAAAUUUGUUCACUUGAUAUUCUAUUUUGUAGAAUCAUUCAUCAUUCAUUCUGUAAAGGUCAUUAUGUUAAUAUGCCAUUGUUUUUAAACUUCUA